AUGAUCGAAGCACAGUCUGCGUAUAACCAGACACCCGCCUAUUCCACAGUCCACCAGGCAGUCGAGCAGCUCGUUCAAGAGCCUCCCGUCCCGCCCUUCGACCCGGCAAUUCAUCUGAACUUCCAGCCUCCUCACAAACGGUACACCUUCACCGAGCUCGGACUGCCUGUUCCAAAGGGUGUACCAGACCUCUGCUAUACAGAGCCCUUCCAACUUUUCUCUGAGGAGGGUGUCCGAAUGCUCCGACGAGAGGUAUUCCGCCGAUCCUUUCUCGAUAAAUAUAUGCAUUCCUGGGAGCGAGCACCAUGCAUCAUCACCGGAUUCUCGCUUGAUGAUGAAGACGCAACAUUCAUCAGACAAGCUAUGACACAUCCUGUCACCCAAGCAGCGGUCAACUUCGCUUUCGGUGCCGAACUUAAAUUCCGAAACGGACUCAACGACGUGGGAUACGUGAACGUGCAGCUCGGUUCGGGGGGGUUAAACGGCGUUUAUGAGCUCGGCGAAACACCAUCCAAACCACUUCCGGCGGGGGAGAAGAUCAGCGUUUCUGAGUAUGAUGAUGUCCCGAUCGACGCGUGGCACAAGGAUCACACGCCUGUUGUCCUCGUAUUGAUGUUAAGUGAUACAUCCACCAUGGUAGGAGGCGAGACAGCCGUUCGCAUGGGUGAUGGGAAAGUCAUUAACGCCGCAGGAGCUGCAAUGGGCGCAGGCGUGAUGAUGGCAGGUGCGUACCUCGAACAUGCAGCGCUGCGGGCAAGUAACUGUUCGGAGCGGGUGAGCAUGGUGAACAGCUACUGCUUUGCGGAUCCGAAUGCGGACGAUACCGGUUAUUCUUUGUCGAGUGCGCAUUAUACUCGUGACAGCCAUGCGAUGACCCGAAAUCUGUUCAUGGAGCAAAAGCUUACGAAACUAAGAGAUCGGUGUGAUGCUGCCCUGCAGCGGGUUCAGGACAGGAGACGGAAGGGGGAGGAUCCGGAUAGGGAGGAAAUCGAGGGCUGGAUCAAGGUGCAGAUUGACUUUCUGAAGCAUACCGGAUGGGAGACCUUUCACCGUAUUCCAGACUAUGUUCACAAGGAGAGGCCGGAGGAUGCUCUGAAGAACUACCUUACAGAUACAUAG